AUGCAUUAUCCCCAAACUUGGUUACUGGCCGUCCUAUCCUUGUCUAGCUAUGUUUCAGCCUUCUAUCCGUACAACAGAGACAACAACGGAAAAUCACAGAGAGCCGAGAAACGAUUCUAUCCCAUAGCACAAGCAGCUCAAUCUCGAAAUGGAGUAGUCAAAGUUGACGUUCACAAGGUCCCAGUACAGAAGCGCGAUAACCAGUUCUCCGUUGUACUUUCUAACCCUGCGACAAGCGGCCCGAAUGCUCUCGCUAUCCAUCAAGAUGGUUCCGAUUACUCGUAUUUCUCCACUUUCAGAUUUGGCAGUCAAGGACAAGAGAUGUUUAUGCUGAUCGAUACUGGGUCAGCCAACACAUGGGUCUUCUCAUCCGAUUGUCUGUCGGAAACAUGCAGCAUUCACAAUACAUUCGGGAAAGAGGACAGCACCACUCUCAAAACGACCACGAACACGUGGGAUCUUGCAUACGGCACGGGUGCGGUCAGCGGCAUUGUCGGAAGUGACACUGUGAAAUUCGCCAAUUUCAGUAUCAACCUUGGCUUCGGACUCGCCACGAACGCAAGCAGCGAUUUCGAUGGGUAUCCUAUGGAUGGCAUUCUAGGACUAGGCCGUCGCAGUUCAGGCAAUCUGGGUACGCCGACCAUUAUGGAUGUCCUUGAUGAUCAGGCGAACCUGGCUCAGAACGUCGUUGGUGUGCACUUGCAUCGAGCGGCAGAUGGUUCCAAGGACGGAGAGAUCUUGUUCGGGGGAAUCGACACUGCCAAGUUCGCCGGCACUUUAGCGUAUACAAAGACUGCCAACGACAAUUCCUGGGAGAUACCUGUUGACGAUAUACUGGUUGGUGGUGCUCCAUGCAGUUUCACCGAUCGCACAGCCAUAAUUGACACAGGGACUUCGUUUAUCUUACUGCCUCCAGCUGAUGCACAAGCCAUGCACAAGCUCAUACCUGGAUCUGCCGCAAGUGGCGAAAGCUUUACUGUUCCAUGUAAUACUGGUGCGAAUCUCGAAGUCAAAAUCAAUGGCAAGCUUUACCAGAUUUCACCCCGAGAUUAUGUUGGAAAACCUGUGCAAGGUAGCACGACUAUUUGUGGUUCGAAUAUUGUUGGUCAUCAAGCAUUUGGCCCCAAGCAGUGGAUUCUAGGCGAUGUCUUCCUCAAGAAUGUCUACGCUGUGUUCGAUUUCGAUGGUAAGCAAAUAGGUUUUGGAUUCCCUAGCAGUGGCGGUUCUAUAUCGGCCUCAAGCUCGUCAAACGCCACAUCUGGGACGAUCUCCUCAUCUACAACAGCAACAGUGUCUGCAUCAACCUCAAACUCAAGAUCGUCAGCUUCAACAAGCAAUGGAGCACAGCCUUCAAGCACACAAAGUACUGACAGCACUCUGGGGCAAAGUGCUAGUACUGGGGGUGGUCAGAAGACCGUGAUCGAACCUUGGAAGAUCGCCUUUCUGAUAGCGCUAGCGUUUGUGAUUGGAUGCAUAGAUGUAUAG